AUGAGCGAGAGAAAAUUCGCUCGGGGUUUAUCCAAACCGGGAACUGCUGCUCAACUGAGGGAAACUGUCUCGCAAGUUGUUAGAGAAAGCACUGUGCAGAGUAAGCCUCAUAGAGUAGAACCUUUGGAUUUCGAAACGUUUGUGAUUAAAAAUAAGACAGUUCUUCAAAAUGAUCCUGAACGGGAAUUGUUAUUAUACCCUCCUGAUGACAUUUCUCAAAUCGUCUUGCCAAGGAAGAUUCGUACCUUACAGCAAACAAUCCCUCCGCCAGAGGAAACAGAAAAUUGUAGUCUGCUCACGAAACAAUGCAUCAAAAAUUACUCGUGUGACUGGACGACAAUCCAUUACAAAUACAGCGCGUACUCCGGAAGUUGCAUAGACCUACCGAUUAAAUCCAAAGAGAAGAAACUGGAAGAGGAAAUUUACGAAACCGACAUAGACACCGACGCGGUGGACGAUUUGAAGCCCAGAUUAGACAAUAUCACCAAGGAAGGGUACUUACUCAAAGGACCGGAAAUCGGUUCAGAACGAACGUUCGUAAACAUCGGCUCGAAGAGCUUCAAACGGAGGUACUGCUAUUUGCGACAAGAAGUUGACGGUACUUACAUAUUGGAAAUGUAUAAAGACGAGAGGAAAGGAGAAGCCAAAGUUACGAUAGUCAUGGAUUUUUGUACUGAUGUUUUAAAGAAUUUGAAAAGAGGCAGAUUUUGCUUGGAACUGAGAAUGACUUCUGGCCAUAAAUCGUAUUUAUUAGCGGCGGAAAACGAAAAUGAUUUCAAAGAUUGGUUGAAUAAAUUGAGUUCCGUUUUACAACAGAACAAAGUUCAAGAAGAAAAGAGAGCAGCAUCACUAGAAAGAGAACGAAAUACUCCCCCGUCUUCGCCGCAAAUCCAAUCGUUCGGAACCCUGAAAGGGCUCGAGCAGAGCAUGAAUCCCCAACUGAUGAAGUACGCGCGCGAGACCGAUCACAGCAUAGCGAAUUUAAGGAAAGAAAACCGCCAUAGAAUAUUCGAACUCGAUCCCAACUACGCCAUGCAUCUGAGGCAACAGCAGGCCUCCAGUCGAAGCGACCGGGUAGAACCCUACAAAGAAAUGUUUGGUUCCAGGGUGCUCCUGCGUUGCGAAAGCAUCAAAUUGAAGCUGCAAGUCGCCGACGAUAGGGAAAACCUCUGCCAAGUGGAGCCUUACCAUACGAGCUUGUGCUUAUUCGACGCUCGAAGCGGCAGAAAACUCACCGAGAAUUUCCAUUUCGACGUAAACAGCGAUGGUAUUAGAAAGAGUAUGUUUACCAAUUCGAAUUCGACAACAAACGGGAUUUGCGUCGAUGCUUCUUCGAAGAACGUUAAGCUAGGCUUACCGGACAAAUUAAAUGCCGAAGAAUGGCUGGCUUAUCCUCGACAGGCUCUGCUGAGCGUUACGAAUCCCCAUCCUGAUAUAUUUCUAGUCGUUAGAAUAGAGAAGGUCUUGCAAGGGGGGAUCGCGCAGACUUCUGAACCUUACGUUAAGGCUUCCAAGGACCCGAAAGUUAGCCAAAAAGUUUACAGGAAUAUCGCCAUGUGUUGCCAACGAUUGGGCAAGUACCGGAUGCCCUUCGCUUGGGCUGCCAGACCAUUGUUUAGAUUGUAUAGUAACGAAUUAGACACUACUUCCGAUUUUCACGCCAUCUACAGGCAAGAGGCGAAUAAAAUCAGCGAUGAAGAAUUACUGAAGUUAUUAUCGGACUAUAGGAAACCCGAUAAAUUUAGCAAGUUUACCGCGAUUCCAGGAUCAUUGGAAAUCAAAUUGUCCGCCGUCAACGAACUUCCACCGAAUACUUUAUCGACUUGUUUGUCGCCCUUAGUACCAUUUCCGAUGCCGCCAAGUUCCGAGCCAACGUUAGAAAUAGCCGAAUUGGAGGGAUUGAUAGAUAAAGACAUCAAUCCUUACACAUCUUUUAUCAAUCAUUUAUACGUCUAUCCUCUAAUUUUAAAUUUCGACAUGCAGAAGCACUUUGCCAGGGCGAGAAAUAUAGCUUGUGUCAUACAAGUCAGGGAUUCGGAUAACGAAGAAGCAAAGGGUUUACCAUGUAUUUAUGGCCGACCAGGACAGCCUCUUUUGGUAUCGCAAACCUCUUGCGCUGUUUUACAUCACAAUACGUAUCCGACUUGGUACGAAGAAGUGAAAAUUAGACUCCCGACCAAUUUGCUUUGCUCUCACCAUCUGCUAUUCACGUUUUACCACGUUUCCUGCGACAUAACUAAGAAACGUGAAAACGGCAUUGAGAAUUGCGUGGGCUACGCCUGGUUGCCGUUACUGCAAAAAGGAAAACUCAACGUCGAUACUCAGGUUGUUCCCGUCGCCGCGCAAUUGUUGCCGGGUUACUUGGCUGUGCACCCGUUCGGUUUGGGCAAAGGCAACGCCGGACCGGAGAUAACCUGGAUAGACUCCCAAAAACCUAUAUUUACUGUAUCGUUCAAUUUAGUUUCGACCAUAAACACCAAAGACCAACAUUUGCACAAUCUAUUCAAUCACGCCGAAAGGCUAAUGGACCCCAAACCCACGUCUAUACCAUCGGAGAGCGAGACCUGCAAAAUACUGAAAGCUUUACACGCCAUCCAUUUGACGACUCUCAUCGCUUUUCUACCCACUCUGUUUAACCAACUGUUUGCACUUCUCACGACGACCAGCAGCGAGGAAAUCGGCCUGAACGUCAUCAGGGUCUUGAUCAAUUUGGUGACGAUGGUGUACAACGUGAGGCGCAAGGAGAUCCUGCAGGCGUACGUGAAGUACGUGUUCGUUUCGCCGGAUGCCGCGGGAAAGGGCAGCACCGUGCACGAGGAAAUGUGCCGCCACCUGCCGGUCAUUUUGAAUCCGAACAAUACGGAUUUUUUGGUCGUCAACAAAUUCAUGCACCAUUCGGAGUUCUUUUUCGAGAUUACCGUCAAGAGUAUGGCGCAGUAUCUGUUGAGUUCUGGAAGGAUAAAGAUGCACCGCCACGAGCGCUUUCCCAACGAUUUUCUAGCCAAAAUCGAAUGUUUAAUGCAAAUUUUGAUGCCAUAUAUUAUAAAUAAGCACAAGGAAAUGCCCGUAGAAACUAAAGAAUUAAACAAGAGUAUGGCAAAUUUCCUCAAGAAAUGCCUUUCUCUAUCAGAUAGAGGCUUCAUAUUCAAAAUAAUCAAAUCCUACAUGGACAAAUUCAAUCCCGGCGACGUGAAGGUUCUGCAAGAGUACAAAUUCGACUUUCUGGAAAUCAUUUGCAAUCACGAGCACUACAUUUCAUUCAAUUUGCCGAUACAAUACAAUAAGCUCAGUCCUCGAAACAAAUCGCCCGAUAAUACGCACGAAUUCACCUUGUCAGAAGAAUUUUGCAAGCACCACUUCAUUGUUGGAUUGCUAUUACAGGAAGUCAAAAUGUCACUAAACGAAAUGACGCCGGUCCGAAGAAUAGCCCUAAACGCUUUGAGGAAUCUAAUAGCGAAGCACGAACUGGACGAUCGAUACGAGAAUAAACGGCAGAUGAGCCGUAUAGCCCUCAUAUAUCUACCGUGGUUGGCCGUAGUAUUGGAAAACAUCAACCGAUUGGACGCCAAAGGCGCGAACGACGACGACGACGGCGACGCCGGCGUCGCCAAUAGAAUGUCGUCGAGCAGUUCGUUUCUAUUCGGCAAAAGCUCCGCCAGCGAGUGCACCCCCAGGAGUCACAGGUUCACUUUGCACAUCGACAAAGACAGCCCGGUGCACGUGAGGAAUUCUUCGUUUUUCGAGGCGAUUGCCGGCCAAUCUUUAGUAAACGGGAAUUCGUUGAGCGUGGAUUCGGAUAUUUCGACGAUGUCCGGCGGCGACGGGCAAUCCACCCUCUCCCAGGACACCACCAUCAUCAGAGACGAUGCGCUCAGAACGAACGGCUCCGAGCGAAAGUCCCACCACCAACGGAACCCCUCGCACGUCCUCCGUUACGACAAGCUCCAGCACCAGGAGGUCAAGGACGUGCUGCUCGUGUUCCUGUUCGUCGUGAAGUACCUGAACCGCGAGCAGAUGAUCGCCUGGUGGGAGAAUUACUCCGAGCACGACGUCGUCAAUUUCUUCGCCGUGCUGGAGCUGAGCCUGCGCCGCUUCCGGUACGUGGGAAAGCGGAAUUUGGACGUGGUGAAGACGAACGAGCCGGAGAACGUGAAGCCGAAGGCGAAGAAGGCCCACACGCUGCCGGCGAGGAUGGAUCCCAGCGAGAUGAGUCGCGAGAGUACGGGAACGUUGGUGAUUCACGCGCCGAGGGAGAAUCUCAUCGAUUCAGAAAACGAAGUCCACAGACAACAGCAAGCGAUCUACGAGCAACAUUUGGCCAGCGAAAUAGGUCUGAUCGCAUUGGAUUGCAUGGGCCUCUAUUGCAUGCACUUCCAGAAGAAACUCCAACAAACGGCCGAGACGACGACGGAGAACGAAGUCUUGCAGAAGAUCCUCGACAUUUACCUCAGCUUCAUGCAAAUCGGCCAGAGCGAGAAACUGCUCAGGCACGUGUUCGCCUCUCUGCGGGCGUUCGUCAACAAUUACUCGCCGAUAUUGUUCCAAGGCAACGCCGUGUUGUGCGGCAAACUUUGCUACGAGCUGUUGAAAUGCUGCAACAGCCGAUUGGCCACCGUCCGGCAGGAAUCCUGCGCCGUGCUCUAUUUGUUGAUGCGCAGCAAUUUCGAAUUUACGGGACGCAAGGGGCUGACGAGGGUGCAUCUGCAAGUCAUCAUUUCGGUGUCGCAGAUGUUGGGCAACGUCGUCGGCUUGAACAAUUGCAGAUUUCAGGAGAGCUUGUCGCUUAUAAACAGCUACGCGUCCAGUGAUAAGGCGAUGAAAGGGACAGGCUUUCCAGUAGAGGUGAAGGACUUGACGAAACGGGUCAGGACGGUUCUAAUGGCUACGGUCCAAAUGAGAGAGCACCAUCACGAUCCAGAAAUGCUGGUCGAUUUGCAACACAGUUUGGCCAAUUCGUACGCUUCCACGCCGGAAUUGAGGCACACUUGGUUGGAAACGAUGACGAGACAUCACGUGCGAGACGGGAAUUUCUCUGAAGCGGCUUGUUGCCAGCUUCACAUCGCCGCGUUGAUGGCCGAAUAUUUAAAAUUGAAGAACAUCCAAAAAUGGGGCGCAGAGAAAUUCCAGCUGAUCUCUUUAAAUAUACCGAAGGAUGAAAAGGGUUUGAAAUUGGAUUCGGGCGUUCAGGACGUCCAGUAUUCGGAGUUUAUCAUGCAGGAGCAGCUCGAACGAUGCGCGGAGUAUUUAGAUAAAGCGGAACGCUACGAAAUUUUAGGGGAAUUGUACAAGCUGAUAAUACCGUUGCACGAGAAGAAGCGAGACUACGGCAUGCUGAGGAAAUGCUAUUCGAAUUUGGCGGACAACUACGAGAAAAUAAUGGAGGUGAACAAGAGCUGCAGGCGAUUGUUGGGCCGCUAUUACCGCGUCGGAUUUUACGGGCAGGCUUACUUCGAAGACGAAAGCGGCACCGAAUACGUCUACAAGGAGCCCAAAGUGACCUCGUUGAGCGAGAUCGCCGAGAGGCUGUACAAGCAGUAUUGCGAUAAAUUCGGAGCGGACGUGGUGAAGAUGGUGCAAGAUUCGAUGCCGGUAAACCAGUCAGAACUGGAUCCGAAAUUGGCGUACAUUCAAGUCACUCACGUUACCCCGUACUUCGAAAAAGAAGAACUCGAAGAAAGACAAACGGAAUUCGAACACAACCACGACAUCAAUUGCUUCAUGUUCGAAACCCCUUUUACUAAAGACGGGAAACCCAGAGGUAAUCCCGAAGAGCAAUGGAAAAGACGAACGAUAUUAACUACCGCCUACUUGUUUCCUUACGUGAAAAAGAGAAUACCCGUGACGUCGGUACGACACGUGGAACUGACGCCUAUAGAGGUGGCAAUCGACGAAAUGCAAUGUCGCGUCGCUGAACUAGAAGACGUCGUAUUCACGCAACCCACCGACGCCAAGAAGCUGCAGCUCAGGCUUCAAGGAAGCGUUUGCGUUCAAGUCAACGCCGGUCCGUUGGCCUACGCCAACGUCUUCUUGGAUCCGGCCCUGAGCAGCAUGUAUCCCGACGAGAAAGUCGAAGAAUUGAAGGAUAUAUUUAGGGAGUUCCUGAAAAUAUGCUAUUCCGCCUUGCAAAUCAACGGCAAAUUGAUAGCGGUGGAACAACAGGUAUACCAGGAGGUGCUUCGACAAAAUUACAAGAAAUUAUGCUCGUCAUUGUCGGCCCUGUUUGGUGAAAUUCUCUGGCCCCACGACGAUAUGGGCAGUUUCGAGAGGAACAGCAUGGCGUUAUUUAGCGCUGUAACGGGAGCAUCGCAACAUUCUAGUACAGCUUAA